UCGGCGCUCACUACGAACUAGCUGCUUGGCGCCGCGGCGGCCGUUCUGCGAGUGCUGCCCGGGGAGGCGAGAGUCCACCGGCCGGCUGGCAAGAAUGAAAGCGGGCGUCACCCACUGCCGAUGCUCUCGGUGUUUCCCGGUCCCUUCUAAGAGAAGGGUGAAGAAGAGACCCCGAAUCCUGACCUUGCUGUGUCUUCCAGAAGACAUCCUCUUCCAUGUUCUCAAAGGGCUUCCUAUAGAAGACAUCCUUUCCCUCCGAGCUGUGCAUUCUCAUCUUAAGUAUCUUAUAGAUAACCACACCUGCAUUUGGGCCUGUGCAAGCUUUCAAGAAGAGUGGCCUUCCCCGAGAAACUUGAAAAUCUUCGAAAGGGCUGCAGAAAAGGGUAACUUUGAAGCUGCUGUGAAACUUGGAAUAGCCUACCUCUACAAUGAAGGCCCAUCUGUUUCCGAUGAAGGUCGUGCGGAAGUGAACGGGCUGAAGGCAUCCCACUUUUUCAGCCUGACUGAGUGCUUAAAUGUCUCUGCGGUGCCUUUUGUCUGGCUGUUCAUACGUCCCCCCUGGUCUCUGGGCGGGAGCUGUUGCAAAGCCGUGGUGUACGAGAGCCUCCGGAGAGAGUGUCAGCAGCGAAAAACUCAGCGAGGAUCGAUUCUAUACUGUUUGGCAAAAGUUCUGAAUCUCUUCGAGGACGAAGAGAAGCGGAAAGAAGCUCUGGAGAUGUUUGAAGAGUCCUCAAAGCAAGGCUGCUUGCACAGCUCUUACCUCCUGUGGGAAAAUAACCAGAAAGCUGCUAUGUCAGAUCCUGGUAGAUACCUUCAGAGCCUCAGACAACUUAGGGACUAUGCAGCCAAGGGCUCUUGGGAAGCUCAGAUCGCCCUCUCCAAAGCCUGCGGGAACGGAAGCCAACUGGGGCCAGAAAGCAAGAUAUCCCCGGAGACCCUCUCCCAGUUUUUCCAGGCUUCUCUUCCUCUGAGCAAGCAAAGCAUCUUCACUGUCCAAAAGGGUAUGAAUGAGACAAUGAGAUACAUCUUGGUGGAUUGGCUGGUGGAAGUCGCCACCAUGAAAGAUUUUUCCAGUCUUUGCCUUCACAUGACCAUCGGCUGUGUGGAUCGGUACUUGAAACUAAGACCCGUGCCCCGGGCUCAGCUGCAGCUUUUAGGAAUUGCGUGCAUGGUCAUUUGUACCCGCUUUGUGAGUAAAGAGAUUCUGACGAUUCGCGAAGCGGUUUGGUUGACCGACAACACGUACAAGUACGAAGAUCUGGUGAGGAUGAUGGGGGAGAUCAUUUCUGCCCUGGAAGGCAGGAUAAAGAUUCCUACCAUUAUUGAUUAUAAAGAAGUCCUGCUGAACGUCGUCCCGCUGGAGAGAAGGACUGCCUCCCUGUACAGCUUCAUCUGUGAACUCUCCCUCCUGAACACGGGCCUUUGCAUCUAUUCUCCUGCCCGCUUGUCCGCAGCAGCUCUGCUACUAGCCAAAGUCCUGCACAGACAAGCUCGCCCGUGGACUAGCCAGCUAAUGGAAAAUACAGGAUUUUCUCUUGAAGAGCUGGUUCCCUGUGUGCUGAGCCUCCACCAGAAGUGCUUCCAUGAAGAUGUGCCCAAAGAUUAUAGACAGGUGUCCCUGACUGCUGUGAAGCAACGAUUUGAGGAUAAGCGCUACGAAGAAAUUGGAAAGGAAGAGGUGACGAGCUACAGCCAGCUCUGCUCCCUGUUAGGAGUGAAACAGGAAGACCCGGAGCCUGGAUCUUCGUACGUGAAUGCAGUGGAGACCUUCCUCACUUCCCCUUCUGGAAAACGUUCUAAAAGGAGAAGGGAAGACAGCAUCCAGGAGGACCGGGGGAGCUUUGUCACCACCCCCACGGCUGAAUUGUCCACUCAGGAAGAAAGUCUUCUGGAUAAUUUUCUAGACUGGAGCUUGGAUGCUUGCUCGGGAUAUGAAGGAGAUCAAGAAAGUGAAGGCGAGAAGGAGGGAGACGUUACAGCUCCUAUUGGAAUUCCGGAGGGAAAUCUACCACACCAGGACCUCAGAAAGCCUUGCUGUUGCCAAGAAUCCAGCGAUGACGAGAGCCUUCCCAAAGGAGGAUGUCAGUACAUCGUGAAGGAUUAUGACCAUCCCAACGAGGAGAGCGAGUUUCCCAUCAUCCGAGCCUCUCCUGGGGAAGUCAGCUCAGGCUAUGCCUCAGUCAACAGCACCAGCCCUCCUACUGCUACCGAUGGCAGCUUCAGCACGUUACUCAAAGCCAGUUUGGGGCAACCACUGAGGCUGGUGAAGGAUAAAAUCCUACAGCUGCCUUCGCGCUCAGAGUCAUGUUUACAUUCUGCCAAUGGCCGCUCUAGCAGGAGACAAGCCAAGAGGAAGAACGUAACGGCAUACAUUGAAGAAGAGAAGAACCACUUGAGUUUCUUGAGCCUUUGAAGGCUUGGAAGGCAGAAGUUGUUGAAGCUUGAACCUUAGAAGCUGUUUCUCAGAACGUCAGAAUCCUUCAAAGCAGGAGCAAAAAUGGGGGGUUGUUGUACCAAGUAUCUUGGAUGUUGUGGAUCAUCACUCUCUAUGCUUCCCAGGGUAGUUCCUGGUUCCCCUCACACAACUGUCAGCUUUUCUUGAGGUUGCCACCCUCACUACAUCCCACCCUGGUAGCCAAAUCAAAGGUGAAGGUGCUAAGACGUGCAACACAGAGGUCCUAGCUUACGACAUGGAAGACCUACCUCUCCUCCAGGACCAAAUCAUAGUCUUCCCAGGAGAUAUUGGGUUGGCCUGUGUGCUAGAUAAGGUUACCAAGUAAAUUUUGGUUCACGUUCCAUGUCGGACAGCUUCACCCCGAUCUUUUUAGCAAUUCGGAAGCAAUCCUUGAAUUUUUCUCUCUUUCUCUUGCUAUUAGAACAACUUAUCCAUGAAAUGAAGGAGACCAGAUUAGGGACACACACAUACAAAAUGGAUCCUUGGCCACCUUCUGAAAUAUAAACAUCUCAUUGAUGGAUGCUCUCUGCAGAUGUUAAUCAAAGUGGGCUGGCUAUUGUAGUCAUCUUGAGAGGGUAUGGAGCAAUGUUUUCUUGGUAGCUUGGACUGUCUGGUGUUAUUUGGAGAAGGGAUACUACCUCAUUUAAAUGCUUGUUACCCUCAAAUUGCUUUUUGUAAGGUGACCCCUUUCCAAGUUGCUGAGCUACACCCUUGAGGGCACCAGGUUAGGGAAGGAUGGUCUAGCACAGCAUUCCUCAACCUCAGCAAUUUUAAGACAUGUGGAUUUCAACUCCCAGAACUCCCCAGCCAGCAAAUAAUUCUGGGAGUUGCAGUCCAUGCAUCUUAAAAUUGCUGAGGUUGAGAAAUACUGCUCUGUAACGGGAUCCUGCCAGUCAUUGGUGAAUAGGACACCACCGUUUACCAAUUAUUGUCUAUGUAUUUGACAGUGUUUCCUGCCUUUCUGUUCAAAAUAACAGAUAUCGCUUAUGGACUAGUGUCAUAAAGUUAUUUAGCAAAUGCAUCCUGUCCCCAUUUUUGCAUACUAUUCCUUAACCUUCUUUCCCAUGUGUUCCUUUGUCAUCGUGUUCUUUCUUUCUUCGCUCGCUUCCUUACUUUCUCUGAUUUUACCUGUUCCUUUCCUCCUAAGAAUUCAAGGCAGUUGUAUCCACUGGCCCCACAACUGUGUUGACAGCCCUGGGAUGUGGAGCAAGGCUUUGUGACCCAAAUUUAUUUGUUUAUUCGUGUCAGGAGCAUCACAAUUAAAAUAAGGCAUACAAAAAACAUUAAAAUACAAGAUUAAAACAUGUCCAAGUUAAACAGAUCUUGCCCAGAAACUAGCAACGUUAAAUGCGUUAUUUUCGCUGUCAUGAAGUCCUCAAGUGUACAGUAGGAACACAAUCUUUGCGACUGAGCCUGGUGAUGGAAAUGACACCCAUGUUGAUCAAUUUAAUAGGGUAGAAAUUUUGAAAAACCCUAAAAAAUAAUAGGUCCGUUCUAUGGAAGAGCCCAUAGGGUGUCAGAUAUGCAAUAUGGCUUGAAUGAUCUUGAAAACUAAUCACUUUUUCAUUGAAAAAAACCAACCACUUUUUUCCCAUUUUUAUGUGACCAGGAGACACCAAAAUAAUGGUUUUUGUUAUUUGCUGUAUUGUCCACUUGGGGCCGGGGGGGGGGGGGGA